AUGUUCUCCAGGUUAAUGCCCUCAUGGGGGCCUCGCACAAUCACAGGAGCUAUUCCUAAACGAUCAAUAUGCUCUCGAAAGGGUAUGUUCGAAGCAGAGAAGCGGUACUUCUCGAGGAAUUCCUUCCUGCAUGCGAAACACCAUGCUUCCUCCGCGCCGUUCAAUACUCCUCAGUCGCAGCAGCGCAACACUUCUACAAUGUAUUACACCAUCAGUAUGAUCCUGGGAACUGUGGCACUUGCCUACGGCUCCGUCCCUCUCUAUAAAAUGAUUUGUCAACAAACCGGCUGGGGUGGCCAACCUAUCACUACCCACCGCGGCGGCGGCGAAGACACAGCGUCCCGCGUGACUCCCGUAACCGAUUCCCGCCGGCUCCGCAUCACAUUCAACGGCUCUGUCUCCGAUGUUUUGCCAUGGAAGUUCACUCCGCAACAGCGUGAAGUCCGAGUGCUACCAGGCGAGACCGCACUGGCCUUCUACACUGCAACCAACAAGGGCCCCAACGAUAUCAUCGGAGUUGCGACAUACAGUGUGACGCCCGGCCAGGUUGCACCGUAUUUCAGCAAAAUUCAGUGCUUCUGCUUUGAGGAGCAAAAGCUCAAUGCUGGCGAAUCGGUAGAUAUGCCUGUCUUCUUCUUCAUUGAUCCAGACUUUGCUACGGAUCCAACUAUGAAGGGCAUUGAUACGAUCACAUUGUCUUACACCUUCUUCAAAGCGAAAUAUGACGAUAACGGAGUGCUGAAGCCAAUUGCCUCUUGA